AAUAAUUUUGAUACGAAGAUUGAAGUAUUAUUGGAUUCAUUGAACAUUUCCCAUGGAGCUAAUUUCAUACCGAAUAGUAAUUUUCGGGAGUCGGAUUAGACUUGGCUCAGGGAAUCGCCGGAAUAGGAAUUGGGUAGCAACCGAAUUAUCUCAUCUAAACAUUAACUAUUACGAGUAAUUAAUUAUGAGUUUGUUAAUUUGGAUACAUUUGAAAUAGUCAGCUAUUUGUGUAGGAGUUGGCAGUUCGUUAGAAACGCCGCCAUAGGAAUAGAUCCCAUACCUUCUAUGGCCAUACACGAGAGAAUGGGUAUUAGUUGUGAGCAUUUGAACAUACAAUUAGAGAUCAAGCUAAAAUAGGUAACCACCUUUCCUACUAAUUUUCUAUGCUAUAAUUACAUUAGGCCAAAUGGGAGAGUAAUACAGGAAUGAUAUAUCAUUUGAAAUAGAGGUGUAAAUUCGCACAAUAAUUAAUUAAUUAUUAAUCUAUCAAUAUGUAUAAAUACAUACGAGUAUAUUGAUAGAAUUGUUGCCAAGAUUAAUAACAAGGAGUAUAGCAGAUAUAUAGGGCGCUUCAAUUCAAUUAACUUCAGAAUUGGAUGAUGAGAAAUAAACGUUGUGGUUCAACCUUCUUGCUGGCACUGCCGCAGGAUUUGUUUGAAAUAGUGACUAAAUCCGGUCUGUCCCCAAGGGAUUUGUGCAGUCUAACCCUGUGCUGCAAGAGCUUGCAGGAGCUAGUGACCUCCGAAAAGAUAUGGCUGGCUCAAUGUGAGGCGCUCGGGUUGGUUUCCAGCCCGGAGCUGAUCGAAUGGCGAAAGGGUGUUUCUUCUUUCAAGUCUCUAUGCCGUUUCCUUGUAGGAAUAAGCCCUUUUCUUGGCAUUUGGGUUAGCCAAAACCCUGACAUUGGGAAUGUUGUUUAUGUCAUGCCUGGUUUUCUUUCAGCCAUCGGCUGCCGGAUUCUCCCCCAACAACUUCCUCUCGGCCUCGAGGAUAAUGGACCGAUUCGUUGGGCCCCCGUGUUUGAAAUCAUCUGUGAUUAUGAUGGCUCGGCCGCUGCAUUCUUUCUCCAUGGGAGGGAGAAUGGGUGUGACUAUGUCUGUCCUGGUUUUAUUAAGCAGCCAAUCCACAAGACGACUUGCAAUCAUACAGUCUUAGUGAAAUCAUAUGGGUUUAGGCCUUGCAAUGUUCUUUUCUUAGAGGCUGAGCCUAGUGGACGUACUGAAUCUGAUGUGAGUUUUAACAGUUUGGCUUUUAAUGACAUGAGAAGUUUACUUGAGGCAGUCAUUAACAAGGUGCGUCAUGAAGUUCCAAAAUCCGCAACUGCUAAUGCCUUGUUGUUUCCACGUGCGGCUAUCAACAAUGAAGUUCAAAUGAAGCUCCAGGAUAUGACAACAGUCUUGCGCGAGAGAAUCAGUUUGCUUCUUGCCCGAAUUCGUAGUAACAUCAAGGGGAGUAACGGCGAGGAAUCCCCUCUAUAUUGCAGUUUGAAUGAGAUAAGGCCGAAUGUUGUUCAAGCAGGUCGAGCUGCUCGCGAAAUUGCCGAAAAACGUAUUCGAGAGAGGAGAUGUUCCGUAUUCAAGAACAUUAAUGAGAGCAUUUGGCUUCAGAGGCAGGGCUUAUUACCCUACACGGACUAUGACGAGUAUGACACACGGCUUCCCGAGUUUCUGCAAUUGGGCGAAACCAUUUCACUCAGUUUGCACGCUUCCACUAAAAAUCUAGAUUAUUUCAUGGCAUGGCCAGUCAUGCUAAAUGAAAGUAAUUAUAUGCUCAGCAAGCUGCCUGUUCAGGAUAUUGAAUAUGCUGGUUUAUGGGGAGGCAUUUUCGGGUGGCCUCUCGGGAAGCAUUCCCGAAAGUCUACAUGCCUUCUUAUGCUCUCUUAUGAAGUGUCGGAUGGCCGGAAUACACUCGUUGCCACCACCAUAUUAAAUGGUUGUUCAUGGCCAAAUGGAUCGCCCAUGUUUGAGGUGAAAGUUGAUGAGCCAUCGCCUGAUGAGUUCCCAUGGGAUGGUGAUGUGAAGAAUACCUUUUUAGGCAAAGGCAUUGCCAGUGGGUAUGGAUAUAACUGCCCUGGUAGAAAACCUGGGUCACUCUAUGUGAUCCAAGAGGCAAAGACCAUGGAGACGUUGUUGGCUUUUGUGUGGAAAGAGUCUGGAGAUGUGUUGACCUGCCGGAGACUCAACCUGGAAGAGCUUUUGAAGAAAGGUCAACGUGUUGAUUCUCAACCUCCCAUUUCCAUCUCUACGUCCUAAAGAGUGAAGUCGAAACUUCAGUCUCUUCCCAUCAUUGUGUGAUCAAACUCAAUUUACAUUUUCACACAUAACUGUUGAGACACUGGGUGCCCUCGGGCCUCGGAUAUGGGAUGUCAUCCUUUUACUGAGUGAGUUUGUAUGCACUGCGGUUUAUUUGUUCUACCUACCUGAUAAACACAAACCAACUUCUUAUGCAGCUAUUAUAGUUACUAGUUUAUUACUUCCUCUAAUCCUCUACCCAUGUUGAUUGAAGUAAUAUUUAAUGGGUAAGUGUGUUAAUAAUAAACUUUAAUGCAUGUAUUUAUGAACUGGUUUUUGUGUGCCUCAUUAGGAUUGAAUUCAUUAUGAAGUUUUUUUUAAUCUUACCUAAAGACUUGCUAUUAUUCCUUAGGUCCUAAUAAAGAAAUUCUGGAACAAGAACUGGGGAUAAUAAUCUGGUACCUACACUUCGAAAGUUAUUUCUCAAGUAGGAAGCGGCCAUUGGAUCCAUAGUCUGGGAGAUCAUUUCUUUAUUCUAAAUUCCCUUUUGUGGAAUUGCAGCAACCCGAAAGCCAAAUCCGUAUUUUCCAGUUUUUUCAACUCAUCAUAAAUCCAAGCUCUCGCAUAAUGUAACAAUUGAUUAUGUAAGCAUUCUUAAAUGAUCAACGUUUAUAUGCAAGAAUUGAAAUCAGGUCAAAGUUUAGUACUCUCUGAAUGUGAUUUUAAUUGAAAAAGUACGUAAUCAGUAUAUUUGGUACUACAUACUCCGUAUAUUUAUUCAUAUGCGUGCUAAGAUUAGUUUUGUUGUGAGCAAUGAGUCCAUUUUAAUGUAGACCUCCGCUGAGAUUCAAGUGUUUAA